CGACAAUCUGAGCAACGACGUCCGGAAUAGCACACCGCUUCUAACAACGGAAUCAACAGCUCUGAAUAACAAUGCACGCAUUGGCAUAAGUGAAUCGAUGGGAAAUAAUUUCACCUCCAACAACGUAGAGGUUGAUGGAUGUGGUGAACUUGGUCCGAGGUCCCAACAUUUCUUUCUUGUACCACCAGAACAUCGUUUGGCAUCGGAAUUUAAUCUAAUGUCCAAUCAACGCACAGGUAAAUCGAUGCACUGAUCUCUAGGAUGAAAGUAUUGAUUUAAUGAGGAAUACUUUUGUAACUUUCAAAAUUAUUGUUGUGAAAUGGUAAUAAAUAAUUAUACUGCAUAAAUGACGUUAUUCGAAUUUGAAAUAAGAGAAUAUAAUAAUAUAUAAAAAUCAAAACAGGUGAGCCUACCAGAUCGUUGUCCAAGUCAUCGUUAACUUCAACAGAAUCUGUUUACUCGGCAUCUUCAUCUUCGUCUUCGUCAUCAUCUUCUUCACAAACAUCUGGCUAUUCUUCUGGUAACUAUUUAAAAUAUAAGUUGCGGUAAAUGAUGUUUUAUUUACAUUAACUAUCUCAUCAAUGUUUAAAAUGAUUUUAAAUAUUCAUAUAUAUCUAUCUAUAUUCGAGAAAAGAGACUCUUUGAAUUGAUAGAAGGCAUUUUAGCAGAAAGAUCCGCUCAAUUGUCUUUUCCUUUCAAGCCUAGAAAUUUCUUUUUCUACUAUUUAUUAACUUUCCACAGAUUUAACAUUGUAUUUCAUAUAGUGAAAACAACUUAUACUUUAUUAAAUUUGAUAAUCUCACUUAAAAAGAUAUCAUCACGGUUUUACAAAGUAGAUGACGCUCAGACUCAUGCAAAUCCUGAAGUGGACUCUCCAGUGUUUAAAGUUCUCAGCAAGCCGUCAUAUCCGGUUUACAUCGCCUACGAGAAGAGACGAGAGAGUUUAACUGAAUGGAAACAUCGUGAUCUACUGGAUCCCAAUACGGUAGCGGCAGCCGGGUUUUUCUACGCUGGUAAACAAUGCACUUUUUAUAUGAUAACUUAAAGCGCUUCAUAUUAGGGGGAAAAAAACUGGGCUACAAUGAAUUGGAGAUCUUUCAAAACAUACGUUUUAUUACUUUAUUUUUUAUUUAAAUGUAUGUAUUGUUUAGUGUUGUAUUGUCUGCCGAAGAAGGCAUUUUGCCGCAACGCCGGUUUAAUUGUCACCAUUGUUUUAAAGGCCAAUUAUUGAUUGUAUCAUUAAUUAUAAAUACAAAUAACGUCUGUCUAGGCUUUAUACAUGUCCAUCAUAUUUAAGAUACAAGCAAUGGAAUCUAAGUGUAAAAAAUUUGAUAUUUUAACCAUUUGUAAGUUUUAUUUCUCAAUACAACGUUUAAAAGAAAAAGUAUAUAUUCUUGUUUACUAAUGAAAGUAUUGCUGUUUGAAUAAGAUGUAUUGCUGUUUGAAUAAGAUGUAUUGCUGUUUGAAUAAGAUGCAUUGCUGUUUUCGACCACGCUUUGUCUUGGUAACAGGCUAAGCCGACUGUGUCCGGUGUUUUCAAUGUGGACUUGGUCUAAGGUCGUGGAAGCCAGGUGACGAUAUCCAUGAAAAACACAGAAAACACAGACCAUCCUGUCCAUUCUUACAGCUACUGAAUAAUUUGAGACGAGACAAAGGAGGAGAUGACGAUGUCAAAAAGAUUGGUGAGUUCUCUAUACCAAACAUAUUUGAUUGCGCGUUAUAUUUUUUUCGUCCCAAUGAUGUCAAAUCUUACCACAAUAAUUUUCAACAAAUAAGCACCAAUGAUGUAUCGAGUUUAGUAGUUUUACAAAACAAUUUCAUGACAAAUAUAAAGCAAUUUUAUUUUCUCAAUCUUUCAAUAACUUUUGCUUUUUAAAUGUUUUGCUUUUACAGUUAACUUCAAUGUUGUUGUAAUUUAGUUAUUUAAAUGGUAUAAGUCUAUUCUUAAACACAAUUUACCCUUAACAUUUCUAGUUUGUUUAUAAAACUUUAACGGAUAAACUGGUCUAUUUAGUAUGUCAUAUUUCCACCACAACGCUAUUUUUGUCGUAAAUCAAAUAACAAAAUAUCCUAAGAAAAUGUAACGAAAUUUAAUUAUAAAUUUACAAAUUGUUUUGGCGAUACGAGAAAUGAUAGAAAUGCGAUCAAAAUGCAAUGUAGAUAUGUUUAUCUCUUGUAAAGUAACACCAAAUGUAAAGACCAUCAGUACUGAAGUAGGAUUACUACAAUCUGAGCACAAGAAACUGGCUGAACAGGUGACCUGCAGGGUAUGUAACACAGCUCAAGUCCAGGACUUGUUUCUACCGUGUGGUGAGUUGUACGCGUGCAGUGACUGCUCUAAACUGUUGACACAUUGUCCUUCGUGUCAUAAACAGAUCCUGGCCACCGUCACGGUCUACUUCACCUAA